UAUCACGAUAUCAGGAGGAUAACAGAGCUUCGGUCUUAAAAACAAGAAAUAUCGAUAAACAAACCAGCUACACUUAAACGAACCGGGUAAAAGUGCGAAUAAACGAGCGUAUGAAGAACGUGCCGCUGCCGUUCCUCAUGUUCCUUCCUAGGCCCAGUGCUCGUUUUCCAGUCAACGACUUUGUCGGAUGUGUUGCACAUACGUGCACUGUUGCAUGCGGGAAAUAUGGCGUACCGCAUACACGCACGUGGGUCGCGAAGGUGGGGCUAUGCCUUGCAAGCUAUUCCUGGAGUCGCAAGUAGCAUAACAACACAGCCCUAUACGACGCUAUGUACUUAUGUUUCGUUGCGGCCGAGAGAUGGGGUGGUGGAUUGAUAACGCAACGACAUCUUGAAAUUCCUUGCUCUACUCUUCAGAAAAUGUGAUUCAUGUGAUUCAUGGAAACAAUCUCCAUAUUCGUUUUCAUUAAUCGUCGAUUUUAAUUAGACGAAGAGAGAAAGGUAUUUGUCGAGCCUAGGUUCUAAUAUCGUAUUGGUCAAUCGUUUCGUCACUAAUCAAGUUUAAAGCGCACUUGAUAAUUCUAAGAAUUACCAUCACUGUUUCAUUGGCUAUUUAUGGUGUGAAUGGAAGGAUAAGCAAUUUUCCUUCAAGAAUUUCGGUAUCGAGCAAAUGGAUUACCUAUAUUUCAAAGCUAUAUGAUAUUCAUACCUGAACCUUUCUCAAGUAAAACAAAAAAGAUUAGAACGUAUGAAUACCAAGUCUACGAAUAAAUUGAAUGUCUAUAAUGUGUUUACUGAAUAGAAAGUUAUUGUUAAUGCAUGGUAAUGCAUAAUGAACAACUUAUGGGAUAUUUCUAAGCACUUGACACAGCAUUUCGAGGAAUUUGAAAAUCGCGAAACAACAGAUUCACGAAGGGAAAUUAAUUUCAUCGACAAGGGGCACGCGACUUCUCGAGUCACACGGUAUUCCUCUCUUUUCUCUUCUUUCCUCUAUCGUCCUUUGCCCCGUCCCCACCAUUCCACAGUUUUGUAAUGCCUCUCUGUCUCUGGCACUUCCUGUGUUCCGCCACGUUCACCUGACUGCCGGCACCUGCCUUCAUAAGUAUCUAGGUGUACACAGCGUAUAGAAGCAAAGCGUGUAUUCUAUGGGACUUUAGUUUCUCCGCUCGUUUCAUCGGCCACGGUGUACUCUCUGGCUUGUGCCUACUAGCGCACACAUUCCACCUGGAAACACGUCGAGUUCGCUACACGCAGUCGAUGUUACGCUGUCGUUCACCACGGCCGGACUAUCGGAGCUUUUCCUCUCCCGUUGAUAACAGUCACGCCUCGAACCGGCGAACCUGCGCCCGAUCAUUAGUGUCCUCCGCGACCACCGAUAGUUCAAUUUCUCCAGGAUUACCAUUGGAAUCGAAAGAAGGAAGAAUAGAUUGUGGAACGUUUCAACAAGGAUGGCAUAGAAGAUUUGAAAUAGCUGAGGAAACGUGCCGAACGAUCCUUUUACGAGCCGAGAUCUCAACUCGAUAUUCGCGAAUUCUUGCGAUAGUGAAGGAUUUGUUUAGUGUAAUAAUUCGUUUCUCGAAGCCGAAAGGUGAAUCUUUCACUGUAAAGUGAACUGUUUGCAUGUGCAGCUGAUUCUUUUAUCAGCUCAGUUGGCUUCAGUGCUUUAUAAUGUCAUCUGGAUUUCGUAGCCGUGGACGAAAACCUUGAGCUUCCCUGCGAGGGUGUCCCCCCAGAGGCCUGCCAAGGAGUCGAAAGGGUUUCAUGUGAGCCCCAGUGCUAGUCCCACAUCGCCACCCAGCCCAAUCAACGACAACAUGGACAAGGCGCCGAUUAUUACCGAUGAGAAUUUCCAGGAUCUGGAAGCAGAAAAGGCAAUAAUGGGAUCCAUUGUGUACUGUAUACAUCAUAAGGACGGGUGCAAGUGGUCGGACGAACUUCGGAAAUUAAAGGCUCACCUGAAUACCUGCAAACACGACGCAGUCCCCUGCAGCAAUAAAUGUGGCGCGAUGAUUCCGCGUGUACUGAUGGAGGACCAUUUGAAAUACACUUGUGCCCAGCGGCGAGCACGCUGCGACUUCUGUGCCAAAGAAUUCACCGGUCACACGCUCGAGAAACACACAGGAACGUGUGGCUACGAGCCGCUCUAUUGCGAGAAUAAAUGCGGUAUGAAGGUACAACGAAGGCACCUCAGUCAGCAUAAGUUGGGCGAAUGUGCGAAAAGAUUGGUGGCGUGUCGUUAUUGUAACAAAGAGUUCGUUUUUGACACUCUUGGUGCUCAUCAUGCUAAGUGUGGUCGUUUUCCAGUCGCUUGUCCACAUCGUUGUGAAACUGCAGUUUUACCAAGAGAAGAUCUUGAAGUCCAUUUGAAAGAUCAUUGCACUACACAUCUCUUAUCUUGUACUUUCAAAGAUGCUGGUUGCCGUUUUAAGGGAAACAGAUUCUCGUUGGACAAACAUCUGGAAGAAUCAGCAAAGAUGCAUUUAAGUUUGAUGUGCAGUGUGGUAACCAAACAGCAGCACCAAAUAACCAGUUUGAAAUCUGCUAUUAGUAAACUAUCGUUAAACUAUACAGGCACGCUUAUAUGGAAAAUCACGGAUUACAGUGCUAAAAUGUCCGAAGCGAAAGCUAAGGAAGGAAUGGAACUUGUCAGUCCUCCCUUUUACACUAGUCAAUAUGGUUACAAGCUACAGGCGUCAGUUUUCUUAAACGGAAACGGAACCGGCGAAGGAAGUCAUAUUUCAAUAUACAUAAAGAUUCUUCCCGGAGAAUAUGACGCUCUGUUGCGAUGGCCAUUUUCCCAUAGCGUGUCUUUUACCAUAUUCGAUCAAACUGUAGUCGCAGAAAAAGCGUGCAAUAUUGUAGAAAGUUUUAUACCAGAUCCAACAUGGAAGAACUUUCAGAGGCCCAGUCGUGAACCUGAUUCCCUUGGUUUUGGUUUUCCUCGAUUUGUUUCUCAUGAAAUGGUAAAGAAACGACAUUUUGUCAAGGAUAACACCAUGUUCAUCCGAGUAAAGGUUGAUCCUAGUAAAAUAGUAGCCGUUUGAAAAAAUGAAUUUUUUUACGAGAAUCGUAUUUUUUAAUACGUUGUAUCAUAUUAUCUCAAUCGCUAUCGUUCCACUUAGUACUGUUACGUUACACACGCGUGCACAUGUGUGUUUUUCAAUGUGGUUUAUACGCAUUUUCUAUUUUUAUGUAUUGUCAGUCCAGUAAACGAUUAAUGGUACUUGAUAUUUAUUAAUUGUAUACUUGAUGUGAUAGGCAGAAGUACUUUAUAUACAAAGCACGUGGUACUUACGUCAUUGCACUGAUAGUAUACUAUGUAUAGUGAAAUGUUGUCAGAAUAUACAUGAAACAUUUAGGAAACAAUAGUA